CCCCCGUAGACAGCGCGAAAGCGUCAGCACUACGCUCGUCCGGGACACGUGUCCUUUGACGAACGCAGCUUUAAACUUACCACCUUAGCCGUGGAAAGCUUUGGCCGCCUUGGAGAGGAGGGUUACGAGUUCAUCGAUGAACUUGCGACACAUGCCGUUGGAGGAAGGGACGGAGGAACGAUGGCUCUGAAAGGAGUCUUCAAGGAACGACUUCUUCAGAUCGUUUCGGUGGCUACACAGGUGGCCAUAUCUCGGCGAGUGCAGAGGUACAAGCUCGCAUUGCGCGGGCGUCAAGACGCCGAAAACAGGCGAACAAGAUCGACCUCGGACCAGUCAACGCCAAUGAUAUGGGGAUGGAGUGUAGACGCAUCGUAGAACGCGUUUUCGUUUGAAGUUGGCGUCUUGUUUGAGAGUAGAUGUGACAGAUUUGCGUAGAAUAGGGUAAGAUGUUAUCAUGAACGGAGAAGAAAGGGCUUUUCCAACACGGAGAUGUAGCAUGGAUCAAAGCAUUUGUUGGAUUUCAGCUUUUACAAGAGGACAUCAACGCAGUAGUAUUUUAGCAAGCUUACGAACGCAUAUAGGAUACCAUCAGGAUUGUCAUUGGUUUAUUUCAAGUUGAAGAGGAGAUAUUUUUACGAUGUAAAUGAAAGUAGAAAUAAGUCCUACAUAUGUUGUUGUACUUCGUAUUGGUUUAAUAUUCAUGUAGAG